AGUUUUCUAGCAGAUCGUGUUUAUUUGAUCGUGCGGAGGACAUUGCCAUGAAAUACGUGGAAAAUGUCUGGAAAAUUCAAUGGAUUUACGCAAGAGGAUAUCACCAGACUCACCAGUAAGAGUGUCUCUAGGCCAGCUCAAAAGAAUGUCCAUCAGAGUCGAAUCCGGAAGCUUGGGGAGGCCAAGCAGGUGAAAACUACCUCAAAUGGUCAUGAAGAAGUGCAUAAGAGUGAAUGUGACACAACUACGGAUAGUACAAUUGAGACAAUCCGGGAGAAUAUGCAUUUUAAGCCUCUGGAGACGCCACAAGAGUCCAGCGUGGAAGUUCCGGAAGAUGUGCAAGAGACACCAGAAGAAGGUGCUAAACCCUCGCCCUUCAGAGGGAUUUCUCUGCGGGAAUUUGAGUCUCAGAGGAAAAUGAUGGAAGAGCACAAUAAGCAGAAGCAGGAUAUGCUCUGCAAAGCAAUAGAACAGCAUUCUGAACGCACAGCGGCUGAGGCGAAGAAGCUGAAGGAAGUGAAGCAGGAGCUAAGUAAGUUGGAUGCUGAAUUGGCAUCGGACAUUGCAAUCCUGAGGAAAGAGAUUGAAGCAGCCACGAUUCAGUACGCAAAUACCGAAAAGCAGUAUCAGCAAAUUGAGGCGAUGUUCCUCAAAGCCAAGAUGGAGCUGUAUCAGGCUUCGGAGAAGAAAGAACUCCUCACAGAGCAUUUAUGUACAAUCAUUGCCCACAAGGAAGAUCGCAAAGCGAAGAGAUUGACGGAAUUGAUGGAGAAAGUUGGUCUCAAUUCACCAGAAAGUCCUCCUUCGUAAAAUUCCCUCCACAGAGCGCACGUCUUCCUCUCAAAAAAAAAUAAUAAUCACAAAAUACUUCUAAAGAUAACUCCCAAGUGGUGCACUUGUAAGUGAAAUAUUUCCUAAAUUAUUAAUAUAUUUUUAUAUCAGUCGUUA